CGUAAACUCGCUCAACCUCGGCGGACCUUCUGCUGCUCUCUAAUUACUUUGCCGAACAGAAAAGAGUUCAGUGCAUCCGCUCAGCUGGGGCAAUCGGCAGUCAUAUUUGACUAGCCUAAACUCAUACAUCUGUUGUCUUUUUUUUUCCCCAAGUCGCGCAAAGCUUCUUUUCUCGAACGAGAGGAGCCAAAUUAUUAACCGAUUAUUUCUUUGGUGUGGAUCGAGGAGAAAAUAAAAGACAAUGACUCAGUUCAACAAGGGCCCCGCAUACGGUUUAUCUGCUGAAGUGAGAAGCAAGAUUGCUCAGAAGUACGACCUGCAGAAGGAGGAGGAGCUGAGGUACUGGAUCGAGGAUGUAACUGGCAUGCCAAUCGGAGAAAAUUUCCAGAUGGGGUUGAAGGAUGGCGUCAUACUGUGCGAGCUCAUUAAUAAACUACAGCCUGGGUCCAUUAAGAAAAUCAACCACUCCAAACUUAACUGGCACAAGCUUGAGAACCUGGGCAACUUCAUUAAAGCCAUUCUUGCUUAUGGCCUGAAGCCUAAUGACAUCUUUGAGGCCAACGAUCUGUUUGAGAACGGGAACAUGACUCAAGUCCAGACCACACUUCUUGCUCUGGCCAGCAUGGCAAAAACCAAAGGUAUGGACACAAAAGUGGGCAUUGGUAUAAAGUAUGCAGACAAACAAACCCGAAACUUCGAUGAUGAGAAAUUGAAGGCUGGUCAGUGUGUGAUUGGACUGCAGAUGGGAACAAAUAAAUGCGCUAGUCAGGCUGGGAUGACCGCUUAUGGCACUAGGAGACAUCUGUAUGAUCCAAAGACUCAAGCAGACAAGCCUUUUGACCAAACCACGAUCAGCCUGCAGAUGGGCACUAAUAAAGGAGCAAGUCAGGCUGGCAUGUUGGCCCCUGGCACCAGGAGGGAUAUUUUUGACCAGAAAGUGGCUGUCCAGCCAUUGGACAACUCCACCAUCUCACUGCAGAUGGGCACUAACAAGGUGGCGUCUCAGAAGGGCAUGAGCGUGUAUGGGCUGGGCAGACAGAUAUACGACCCCAAAUACUGCGCCUCCCCCACCGAACCCACCAUCCACAGCAACGGCAGCCUGGGCACCGGCACCAACGGCUCUGAGAUCAGCGACAGCGACUACCAGGCUGAAUACCAAGGAGAAUAUCAGGACGAGUACCAAGCAGACUACCACGAUGAAUACAGAGCUCACUAUGACCACGGCAUUGACUAUUAAACCGCAAGCUUACAGCACAGAUGAAUAUUUUUGGAUCUUCACAUAAACAGAGCGAGUUGUUUUUUCUCUCGCUAGCCUUUUUUAUAUGACAAGAAACAGAUGUUAAGAGGAGCAGGGUUUUUUUGUAUCAGUGUUCUUCUGAUAAUACAGUAUUUUAUUAGCUAGUUAGACAACGGACUAUAAUCUAUAGUAUUGUUUUUGUCCUUUUUUU